AUGGUCAGUGUUAUGAACUUAGCUGAUCCAGAGCUGGAAUUAAUUGAUCCAACACCUAAUGUUUACGCGUUGUUUUUACAAUUCGACAAAACUUUCUUCUGGGCCAAAUUAUGUAGCCGGGCCGUUGUGCGAUGGAGCAAGAGGAUGUAUUCUUGUGCUGGGAUUUGUACAUAUGAUAGAGGAGGGCUCUGUGAUAUUGCUUUAAGUGAACCAUUGCUUAAACUUCGGCCAAGAAAAGAUUUAGUUGAAACUCUUUUGCAUGAAAUGAUACAUGCAUUUCUCUUUAUAACGCAUAGAGAUCAAGACAGGGAUGGACAUGGGCCAAAUUUCAAAGCACACAUGUUUAGAAUUAAUCAGGCUGCAGGCCUAAAUAUCAGUAUUUAUCAUGAUUUUCAUGAUGAGGUAAAACUCUAUCAGACUCAUUGGUGGAGAUGCAAUGGACCAUGUCAAACACAAAAACCACAUUUUGGUAUUGUCCGUCGAACCAACAACAGAGUGCCAGGUCCUAAAGAUUUCUGGUGGCUGGAUCAUCAGAGAAAAUGUGGAGGUACUUUCGUUAAAAUUAAAGAACCAGAAAAGAAUAAUAAAGUGAAAAAAGAUGAGAAGAAAGGUAAUCAGGGCGAUAUUACAAAAUACAUUACUAAUAACAAUGAUAAAACAGUUAUAGAUAUGAAUAAACCAGUUAAAAAAAUACUUAAACCUAUUACUGACUCGAAAUUUAAUACACCAAGAGUUAGUAAUGGUAAUUUAUUAGUUUCAAAGAAAAACAAUGUGACUUAUAACCCACACAUACCAAAAAUUUGUCAUACUGAUGGGGGUGAUAGUCAAGAUCAAACAAAUGUUGCAGAGACUGUUCGAAAUGUUUGGGCAAACAAAACUUUGCCUGCCACAAAUGCACCUAAUCAAGUUUUAAAACGACCUAGUAUUCCUUCUGAAACAAACUCACAACCAAAGAAAAUUAAGAAAAUUGAUGAUUAUUUUAAAAGUGUUGCAUCACAUGUAUUAAGAGAUGUUUAUGGUCAAGAUUUUAAUAUCACACAAUCAAAGAACGAUAAUAAAAUAAUUGCAGUGGCUGUUGAAACAGAAAAUGUGGUCAAUUGUCCAAUCUGUCAUAUUAAAAUUAGCAGUCACAAUGUCAAUCAACACUUAGAUGACUGUUUAAAUAAAAGUUUAAUUGAAGAAAUAAGCAAUAGUAAUAAUGAAGAACACAAAGCUGUGAUACAUACUAAAAAUAAUAUGUUAGAUAAUGUUAAGAAACGUGAAGAUUGUAUAGAUUUAACUCAAGUUCCAAGUGAAACCGUAAAGUGUCCGACAGUAGUUAAAACAGAGACAAUAGACACAAUAAAUAUUGGUGAUGAAAUUAAACAUGAAGAAUUUGAUAUACCAUGGUCUCUAGAUGAUGAGGAGACAAAUGCAAACAAAGAUAAUAAACAAACGGCUAAACAAGACUGUCCAUGCUGUGGUGAAGUAGUAACAAAACCAAUUGUAGAACAUUUAGAUGAAUGUCUAGCAUUCUUUGAUAAUAACACUUCAAUUCCUGAAGAAGGUGCUUCAACAAGCUAUUCAAAUGAGACCAUAGUCAUUGAUGACUUAGACGAGUCGUUAGAAUUGAAUGAAACGGGGACCAAAUGUCCAUGCCCUUGUUGUAUGACAAUGGUGGAAAUGGCAGAUAUGAACGAUCACUUGGAUGUUUGCCUUAAAUGA